AUGUCCACUACGAUUGCUGGUACUUCUUUCGAAAUAUCACCUUCUGGUGUUAUUAGUACUCCAGCUUUCACUACGUCCGAAGUUACUGAGGGUAUAUUCCCACCUGUAUCGACUGCAAUCAGCCAGGCGUCUGAAGUUCCUACCCCUUCGGACGAAGUCGCAUCUGAUAUUCCAAUGCCGUCGGCCUCGCCUUCCUCCGGUGUUCCCUCUAUCCCUACCUCUACUGGUAAGGCUUCUUCUGUUGGUGUUACAUCCUUCUCCUUCUUAGCAGUCGCUAUUGUUUGCGGUGUUUUAUUAUAG